AUGUCAGCUCAAGCAGUGACCGACUCGGUGAUCCUCGAAAGACUCAAGUCACUUCAAAUCUCCCAUCCCGACGUGAUCUCCCACUCCCCCGUCAAGGGCUCAGCAGAAUGGGCUGCCGAAUUGUCCACUACCGUCCCGACCCUCGCUUCAGUAGGAUUGACCAAAACACUCCUCUUCAAACCUAAGACAGCUAAGACCGCUACACCAACUCCCGUAUUGGUGUUGGCCAAGGACAGCACGGAAACUUCUUCUGGGGCAAUUGGAAAAUUGUUAGAAUUGAAGGAAUUGAGAUUAGCUUCUGAAGAUUUGAUCAAAAGUGUUUUACCUUCCUCAGCGUCAAAAGAUGAUGUAUCGGCUUUAGCUUUACCUGCCAAUCCAACCAUCGACGAAAACAUCCAUUUGAUCUUGGAUCAAUCUUUGGCUCAGUCCCAAGAUCAACACGCUUUACACCUUACUAGCUCAAACACGACCAUAUUGCUCAAAGGUCAAGAUAUCAAAUCGUAUUUGGAUAGUAUAUCAAAGGACAAUGCGGUUAGAUUAGUUGAUUUCGCUGAACUUAAAGCUUCUGCCCCUGCUCCUUCUGCUCCUGCUGCUAGACCCGCUGCCAAGGAGAAGAAGACGGAAACCAAACCUGCUGCUGCUCAAGAGGAUGACGAGAAGUACAAUAUGGCUAUCAAAUACAAGAAGGACGAAGAUUUCUCAGGAUGGUACACUGAUGUCCUGAUUAAAGGUCAGAUGCUCGACUAUUACGAUAUCUCAGGUUGUUACAUCCUCAGACCAUGGUCAUACUCCAUCUGGCAAACCAUUCAGACCUGGUUCGACGACGAGAUCAAGAAACUCGGUGUACAAGAUUGUUAUUUCCCCAUGUUUGUCUCUAACGCUCGUCUCGAAAAGGAGAAAGAUCACAUCGAGGGUUUCGCUCCUGAGGUAGCUUGGGUGACUAAAGCUGGUAAAUCCGACCUCGAAGAGCCUAUUGCCAUUAGACCUACCUCUGAAACCGUCAUGUAUCCUUACUACGCUAAAUGGAUCAACUCUCACCGAGACCUUCCUCUCAAAUUGAAUCAGUGGAACUCUGUCGUUCGAUGGGAAUUCAAAAACCCUCAACCAUUCUUACGAACUCGAGAAUUCUUGUGGCAAGAAGGUCACACAGCUUUCCUCACCAAAGCCGAAGCCGCCAAAGAAGUAAUGGACAUUCUUGAACUCUACCGAAAAGUAUAUACCGACCUUUUAGCCGUACCUGUCAUUCCAGGUAAGAAAUCUGAGAAUGAGAAAUUCGCCGGUGGAGAUUACACGACCACUGUGGAAGGUUUCAUCCCAACUACCGGAAGAGGUAUCCAGGGAGCUACAUCUCAUCACUUAGGACAAAACUUCUCUAAAAUGUUUGACAUCUCCGUUGAAUCUCCUAAUAAGGACGAAGGGAGAUUGUUGGCUUAUCAGAAUUCAUGGGGAUUAUCAACUCGAUCUUUAGGUGUUAUGGUCAUGGUUCAUGGUGAUGAUCAGGGUUUGGUCCUUCCCCCUAGAGUAGCAUUACAACAGGUUGUCAUCGUUCCUGUUGGAUUAUCCAAAGGUGAAGGUAAGAACCAAGGUAUUUACGAUGCCUGUUUGAAUUUGGAGAGGGAAUUGGUCAAAGUUGGAAUUAGAGCGAAAGCAGAUUUGAGAGAGGGUUAUACUCCCGGAUGGAAGUUUAACGAUUGGGAGAUGAGAGGCGUUCCACUCCGACUUGAAUUAGGUCCACGAGAUAUCGCUGCCAACACCACUCUCGCUGUCAGACGAUAUGACAAUCACAAAUCCCCCAUGCCCUUGUCCGAUAUUGGAAACACCGUUAGAUUGUACCUUGAUGAAAUCCAAAAGUCCAUGUUGGAGAAGGCUCAGGAGAAAUUCGAUACUUGUCUCAAGACUGUUACGAACUGGGAUGAUAUUGUACCCACUUUGGAUGCUAAGAAUAUCUUGGUACUUCCUUGGUGUGAGGGUAGUCAGUGUGAGGAUGAUAUCAAGGAGAGAAGUAAGAGCCAAGCAAACAAAGGUCAAGCAGAGGACAACAAGGCUCCUUCGGCAGGAGCCAAAUCACUCUGUAUCCCAUUCGACCAAGAUCGAUUUGGGAAAUUCCCAGAGGGCGAGAACCAAAAAUGUGUGCAGUGUGGUCAGAAAGCUAAAUCUUGGACAAUGUUUGGUAGAAGACUUUUGGCUGAUGAUUUGAUUGAUUGUUUGCUUUUGAAAUAG